CAGUUGAAAACGAAGUAUCGUAUCAACUAAAUUAAAAGAUUUAACGGAGACUGCUAAAAAUUUAAUCAUUUUGUUGGUUUUUGAGAUUGGCAAGCAGGGUUUAAUUUGUUUCUCCAAGUUUUUCACACUCUGCUUCCCUAUCCGUUGCAACACUUUUCGGCUCGACCAAACUUAGUACUUUGAGACAUCUCCAGAAGGGGUUUUCAAGCUGACCUAUUGAUUGGGUUAUAAGAAAAGGAAAUGAAUUGUUCUUUUUAGAUGUUUUCAAGGAGGAUGAACGAAUGAAUUCAUUUUAGAUUCAAGCUGUUAACCCUUGAUCUUUCAUAGUAUUUUUGUGGACAAUAGGCGACUGAGGUAUUACAAAAAAUGAGUGUCUCUGGACUGACUGGCGCUACCUCACAAUUUUUCCUUAGGCUACCUGACUGCAAUCAAGGGUUGGCAUGCAGGCAAACUUCAGCAAUUCCAAGUGCUGGCAAACCUAAGAAAAAACUUGGCGAACUCCUUCUUGAAAGAAGUGGUUGGACCAUUUCUAUUCAAAAGUGGAAGACACAGAAAACUCGGUUGAUAAAAUGUGCAAUGGAUGCUUCCUUUGGUGAUAUGGCAAGUGAAUCACCUGCCUUUGCAGGAUUGGUUAUCUUUCCUAGAAUUAAUAUUAGGGACCCAUACAAACGACUAGGAAUAAGCAGGGAGGCUUCUGAAGAUGAAAUUCAAGCUGCAAGGAACUUCCUUAUUAGUAAAUAUGGAGGGCACAAACCAAGCAUGGAUGCAAUUGAAGCAGCACAUGACAAAAUAAUUAUGCAGAAAUUCUAUGAAAGGAAGAACCCAAAAAUUGACAUCAAGAAAAAAUUCAGAGAAGUUAAACAAUCCCGGGUUGUACAGGCUGUCACAAGCAGGUUCCAAACUCCGGCCACAAAGUUCAUUGUGAAAACAUCCAUAGCAUUUAUAGUGCUAGGAGUUCUCACUAUUCUAUUUCCAACUGAAGAAGGCCCAACCUUCCAAGUAGCUAUAUCAUUGAUAGCUACCUUCUACUUCAUACAUGAUCGGUUGAAGAGCAAAAUCCGAGCUCUACUUUAUGGGGCUGGAGCUUUUAUAGUCUCCUGGUUGGUGGGAACCUUCUUGAUGGUAUCCAUAAUUCCACCUAUUCCUAUUCUUAAAGGACUGAGGAGUUUUGAAGUGCUAACGUCUUUGGUAACCUAUGUGCUACUCUGGGUUUCAUCUACUUAUCUUAAGUAGUGCUAAAGCACCAGGUUUCUGUUAUUGUAGACCUCCCAAUUUUCAUGUAGUGGGCAGCACAAGAUUUUCUUGGUAGUGACUUAUUGAUCAUAUUAUAUUAGCACAUGAGGGCUGUGUCAUGUCAUAGUUCUACUUUUGGCAUUGAUACUAGUUGUUAUGCUUAACGUAUUGGUCAAAAGCAUAGCUUGAAAAAAAAAAAAAAGAUUUGUGGAUAAAUUUGUUUGUUGUCCGGUAAAAGAUGUAAAACUUGAUCAAAGUAAAGAUAGGUUGCUGAUUUUGUGAAUUGUGGUUUCUUACAUGUUUUUUCUUCCUUUUUGUUCUUUUCUUCCGUCUUUGCGACAAAGGUUCUGAAUCAAUAUGGAAUCUUUCGAGCAUGAAGACAAUUUGCUUGCGGGGUUGGAUGGGUAAGACAGUGAGAACUUCUAUGUACUUAAUUUGAAUCACCUGAGGUCUAAGAUGCCCUGGAGAUUGAGCGGUUGAGAAUACCCUCGUGGUUGCUCUUCAGUCUUUUGAGGUUUUUUAGUUACAGAGUGCCUGAAUCUGUCCACAAUAGUUCCCGUAUGUCUUUUUGAGGAGAUUUUCUCUUCUUCGCAAUCUGUGGUGUCUGUAUAUUUGUUUCUUUAGUUACAUUUUCCUUAUGCAUACAGCUGCCAGAUCUUUUGACUAUGGGACCAUCGAUGUUACAAGUAAUCGUUGGGUAUAAUUAAGCUCACUUCUGCAGCUUGAGGUGAUCAGUGAGUCAAGCACUGAUUUUUUUAACCUCUUCCCCUUUCAAUUGCAAGAGAAUUGAUUGACAACUGUCCUCGAUAGAAAUAUUUGCAUCUUGUCUUUAGGGUGCAGAAUUAGUGGCCACUGGCCAAUGCCUAUGGUUAACUUCAGGCUCCCUCUUGCUUUGAAAUAAACAGAAGCCACAGGAAUGGGUAUAUUGUGCAUACAAAAUGCGUACUUGAAGCAAUGGGACUACUUAUUACCUUAGUCUGCCAUUUAUUGACUCCAAACUGGAUUUCUUAUUCUAAAGCUAUUGAAUGCAUUAAAUGGGUUUCGAGCA